AUGGGCGCUAAAUUGCCCGGUCCGGUUCGUGCUUGCAGCAUGCGUAACCCACUCACGAGAACGCUGCUUUUUGCAGUCGUCAUCCUGGUCAUUAUGGCCCUCACUCUCAGAAACGACGCCAUUGACGUCCGCAGCCGCAUCAUUAAGACUGGCGCCGGUGUUAAGUCGUCCAUCUCUCACCAACAGCCUUUGGACCCCAUCGAGUCCCACGGCUCUUCUUCCCUCUCCGACAAGAUCCCCGCUGAGCCUGCUCCUUCGUCCACUCACGUCAUGAACUGCGAUGUCAACACCGACCACAUCAAGCAGCUCAAGGACAAGUAUGGCCUCGACAGCAAGCUUCACUACUUCAAGCGCUACGUCAAGUUUACCCGCAAGAACAUCCAACGCAAGGGCUACACCGUUCUCGACCAGGAGUUCCUGCCCAAGAAGUUCAAGACGGUUGAUGUGGCCAAGUCUUAUGCCCCAGAGGAGUGUCCUGCCGCUCUCGAGGUCCCCGUUACCCAGUCCCCCUACCCCGCUACUGUGAACGCUUCCGACUUCAUGUUCGCCGUGUCCACUACUUACAAGCGUUUCAACGACCCCAAGACGAGCCCAAUCAAGGAGUGGUCUCACUGGCUUACCGACAGCAACGGCAAGUCCAACGGUGGAAAGCUGUUGCUGCUGCUUCUCGAUGCUACCGAUGCGGAGCUCAAGGAUGCCAGCGACCGACUCAAGCGGAUCGGUAUCGACGUUGACGUCGCUCACUCCGACCCCUCCAUGGAAAUGGCUGUCCGCUACCUGACAUUGGUGCCCUAUCUCUACAACCACCCCGACCGCAAGACGAAGAAGUGGCUGGUUACCUGCGACGACGACACUUACUUCCCCAGCAUGCACGGCCUCAUUGACAAGUUUGCCACUUUUGACCACCUCGACCCUCUCUACAUCGGAACCCUUUCCGAGGACGUGAACGCCAUCCAUCGCCACGGCUCCCAGGCCUUUGGCGGUGCUGGUGUCUUUUUGAGUGUUCCUUUGGCCGCCGCUAUCAACCAGCUGUACGAUGCUUGCAAGACGCCCCAGAAGAUCAAGGAGGCCGAUUCCGGCUGGGGUCCUCAGGGCGACAUUCUUCUCCGCAAGUGUAUCUACGAGAACACCGAGGUCCGACUCACCAACAUUUGGGAACUGUGGCAGCUUGACCUGUACGGCGACCCGGCGGGUUUCUACGAGAGUGGCAUCAAGCCCUUGAGCUUGCACCACUACAAGGGUGGCGGCUGGCACUUCGCCAAGCCCUUCCAGUCUAGCAAGGUUGCUCACGCUUGCGGUGAGGAUUGCUCCUACCAGCGAUUCAUCACAUCGGACGACUUCAUUAUCUCCAACGGCUUCAGUGUUGCCCACUACCCCCAGGGCAUUGACUUUAACCUCGACCAGAUGGAACGGACCUUCACUCCCGCCCCCGAUGACAUCGGCUGGAACUUGGACUACAUGUUCGGCCCCCAGCGCAGAUCUCUCCACAAGACCGGACGGAAGAUCGCUUGGGAACUCCAGGAGGCUCACGUUCAGGAGGACGGCUCCGUACUGCAGGUGUACACCCGCAGGAAAGACGACGAGCGCUGGGUUGAGGAGGACGGCGAGGCAAUGAGCAAGAUUGACGGCAUCAUCGAGCUUGUCUGGAUCCCCUCCACAUGA